GCUUGAAGCAGGACGACAUCGCACGCUUCCGGUGCCCAGUUUCCUUUCUUCAUGUCUUUUUUGGAUUGGGGGUUUUGCUUUGGAGUUGUAGUCGGCUUAAUGUAUAAUAAUUCCCGUCAGCAUCGCAAUGCCUCGCGUUCCUGUUCUUGGCAGGUUAUUCUGGAAUGAAUACCUUGCGCUCUUUGGGUCGUUGAUAUUUAUUUUUCUUGAAGGGUUUCUACAUCUUAUAACUUCCUCACUGCCUGCACCCAUCAUUAGCUUCUUUUACAGACAGUCCAAGCGGCUAUUCAAUAUCUUCUCUACACCGCAGGUCCUGGCGAAUCAGCAAGAAGUUUCCGUGUCGAUAGCAAGAGCCCCUGACUUUGUCGAUCUGUGUGCCCUAUUCGGGUAUGAAGCCGAGGAGCAUAUUGUCCAAACUGGAGACGGAUAUUUGCUUGGCUUGCACAGGAUAUCCUGUCGAAAAUCUGAAAGAGGCACCAAAGUAAAUAGUGGCGAAGGAAGCAUACAGAAACGAGUGGUGUAUCUACACCAUGGGCUUUUGAUGAACAGCGAAGUUUGGGUGUGUCUGACGGACGAGGAGAGAUGCCUUCCGUUUCGUUUGGUUGAGCAGGGUUAUGAUGUGUGGUUGGGCAAUAACCGCGGGAACAAGUACUCCAAGAAGUCCACGACUCACUCCCCAUCGUCAACUGCGUUCUGGAACUUCUCGAUGGACCAAUUUGCAUUCCAUGACAUCCCGGACAGCAUUGACUAUAUCUUGUCGGUCACAUCACAAACCUCCCUCUCUUACGUCGGCUUUUCGCAAGGAACAGCCCAGGCCUUUGCGACGCUCUCGAUUCACCCUGGUUUAAACCAGAAGGUUAACGUAUUCAUCGGCCUGGCACCUGCAAUGUCUCCAGCUGGGCUCCACAAUGGUGUUGUCGAUUCACUGAUUAAGGCUUCUCCCGAUGUCCUGUUUCUUGCGUUUGGACGUCGAAGCAUCUUGAGCUCGGCGACAAUGUGGCAAGCGAUACUAUACCCGCCUAUAUUUGUGAGGAUUAUCGAUAUGUCCCUUUCGUUGCUUUUCAAUUGGAGAGGGACAAAUAUCAGUCUUGCUCAGAAAUUGGCAGCUUAUCCUCACUUAUACUCUUACACAAGCACGAAAUCUGUCGUCCAUUGGUUCCAGAUUAUCCGCAACAGGAGCUUCCAAAUGUACGAUGACGACGUCGGGCCCACCCUGAAUAUUGGCGGAGUGGCGCGAUAUUACAAGCCUGCAAAAUUCCCGACGAAGAAUAUCCGAACGCCAAUUGUGUUGGUAUACGGUGGCAGCGAUAGCUUGGUUGACAUUAGCGUAAUGCUGAAAGAACUUCCCAACCACACCGUUGCGACGUCGAUUCCUCACUAUGAGCAUCUUGAUUUCCUAUGGGCAGAAGAUGUGAACGAACUGGUCUUCCCUUGGAUCUUCGGGGCACUAAGGGACUAUGGUCCUGACGUACAAAAUUCUUUGGUCGGAUCAAAAUAUGUAAAUGGAACAAACCAGAUUGACGACUUUGAAUAAAGAUGACGAGACGCUAGGGCGCCAUGUCAUAAUUCUAACCCAGCAGAAUGGCUACCGGCAUCAGUGCCACAAUGAGGUUCCCCGCCCUGAUCUGCUCGCACGGACGUACAUGGAGCGUGACGGAAGAACCGGGUCCACCACGAUUAUCUGGCGCGGGGGUGGUUAAUUCGGUGACACGAACCGCAACUACAUAGGUAUUCCAUGCCUGACUCUGUGAUCGGCACCGACAAAUCCAGAUUUAUAUAUAACUAUGGCCCUAUGUAUUCCAAGGUCACUAGAGAUACAAGGUGGGUUGGCAAAUUGGUAGUUGGAAAUGAGGCCGUGGAGAGUAUUUCACCCUGCACACAUGCAUAUUCGCGCCCAUUCUCUACAGUGUUUUGAGAAACUUGUAGGUCAGUCUUGCAUGCUGUAUAUUUACCAGACAGGC